UGUGUGACACCACUUCUUGUGGGGUGUUUGACAAAACGUAGCUACCUGUGACGGGUCUGAAACGUCCGUACUGAUACUUUAUUACUAAUAUUAGACAAUAGUCGCUCACAGAAUUAGUGAAGGCCAGCGGAGUUUUACCAAAACAGUUAGCGAAACGGGUUAUUUCUAGAAACACGAAAUAAUACAUAUUCCUAUGCGUGGUUCGUAUUGACGGACACAGCACAAUUACACAGCCCGUCGCUAAUUGUUUUGACAAGCCAACGAAAAUCAAGUUUUAAUCAGAUUAGUCAGAAGCGAGCCAUUCUGAGCCUAUCGUGAAGUAGUAGUGUUAGCAGCGAAGAUAACGUUAUGCAGUAGGCAUAAUGUUAAUGAGCAAAGGUUGAUGAGGUAACAUGUUAUGUUAACAAACUAGGUAGUUGUAUUCAGAGUCGAAUUCGAUAAUGAUAAAUUAUAGUUGCCACUGUUACCUUCAUGGAAGAGUGUAAGCUGGCCUCCCUGUCCCACCCCCCCAUUACAAGAGUGGUGGAUUCCACCAAGUUGACUCACUGCAACAGCCAAUCCAAAUCCUUGCCAGACUCUAUGAGAUGUUUAAGCCCAACCUUAUCAAGUGGAGACAUGAAGGCUGAAUCUAUGACUGGAAGCACAGACUACACAGGGGUGGAGCCAAAGGCAAGACUCAACAGAAGUGACGACAUAGAAGAGAGGACAGAGUGGAAGACUUUAUCCGAGAUGACCCAGGAGGAACAAGACAGACUAUCCAACAUGAAGGAGGAAGUGGAGGAAUGUGAGGAGAGGCAGAGUGUGAAAAUGGAGAGAGAAGAUGGUGUGAUGGUUGACAAGGGACUCGGGAGGGAGCAAGAAAAAGCAAGGGAUGAACAGAAGGUGAAGGGUGUAGCUUAUCUAUCCUGUCAGAAUUUUGAGAAGAAUGGAGUGAAAUCAGAAUACGGUCAACAGGACAUGGAGGAGGUGUCCAAUCUGGUCACUGCCUGCCUGCUGAAUCAGCCAAGAGUGCUGAUUCGCAGAAUAACAGGUAAUUCAGAGUCACCACGUCCCUUUGCCAGGAAACGCCAGUCAGCUUCAUCAGAGAAUGGGCUCUGUCUUGAAGCCUCCCAUCACCCUACAGAUGUCUCCCGAAGGAACCAGGACACAGGACAAACUGUUGAGGCAUCGUCUGAGGUCUUUGCCUGCUCUCAGUGCCCGUUUGUUCACACAGAGGAAGUUAAACUUCACCAGCACUUAAAAAAGGUUCACGCAGAGGAGCUCAGAGAGACUCUGGUCUCUGGAAGGAGUGGAGCCACUGUUACCUUCAUGGAAGAGUGUAAGCUGGUCUCUCUGUCCCACCCCCCAAUUACAAGAGUGGUGGAUUCCACCAAGUUGACUCACUGCAACAGCCAAUCCAAAUCCUUGCCAGACUCUAUGAGAUGUUUAAGCCCAACCUUAUCAAGUGGAGACGUGAAGGCUGAAUCUAUGACUGGAAGCACAGACUACACAGGGGUGGAGCCAAAAGCAAGACUCAACAGAAGUGACGACAUAGAAGAGAGGACAGAGUGGAAGACUUUAUCUGAGAUGACCCAGGAGGAACAAGACAGACUGUCCAACAUGAAGGAGGAAGUGGAGGAAUGUGAGGAGGGGCAGAGUGUGAAAAUGGAGAGAGAAGAUGGUGUGAUGGAUGAUAAGGGACUUUGGAGAGCGCAACAAAAAGCAAGGGAUGAACAGAAGGGGAAGGGUGUAGAUUACCUAUCCUGUCAGAAUUUUGAGAAGAAUGGAGUGAAAUCAGAAUAUGGUCAACAGGACAUGGAGGAGGUGUCCAAUCUGGUCACUGCCUGCCAGCUGAAUCAGCCAAGAGUGGUGAUAGGAAUAACAGGUCAUUCAGAGUCACCACGUCCCUUUACCAGGAAACGCGAGUCGGCUUCAUCAGAGAAUGGGCUCUCUCUUGAAGCCUCCCAUAACCGUACAGUCAUCUCCCCAAGGAACCAGAACACAGGACAAACUGUUGAGGCAUCGUCUGAGGUCUUUGCCUGCUCUCAGUGCCCAUUUGUUCACACAGAGGAAGUGAAUCUUCACCAGCACUUGGAAAAGGUUCAUGCAGGGCAGCUCAGAGAGACUGUGGUGUCUGGAAGAAGUGGAGCUGAGAACCCAUCAAACAGCAGAACACCGCAGUGCUCCAAAGCCCCUGAGAUACUGCCCAUCCCAACACAGUCCCACACAGGCACUUCAGGGGCCCACAAAUGCCCCCAGUGUGGGAAGAGCUUCCUAACCAAGUCACGACUGACAGUCCACCAGAAAACCCACAUAGAGGGGCGGCCAUACCUCUGCUCCCAGUGUGGGAAGAACUUUAAAACAAAAUCAGUAUUGAUUGUCCACACACGAACACAUACAGGGAAACGGCCGUACCUCUGCUCCCAGUGUGGGAAGAGUUUUGUCUCUUCAUCACACCUGACCACACACCAGCGAACCCAUACAGGAGAAUGCCCAUACCACUGCUCCCAUUGUGGAAAGAGCUUCAAAUCAAAAAAAGGAUUGAUAGUCCACACACGAACGCAUACGGGGGAACGCCCCUACCACUGUUCCCAGUGUGAGUGGAGCUUCAAAUCAAAAUCCGAUUUGACAAUCCACACACGAAUGCAUACCGGGGAACGACCACACUACUGUUCCCACUGUGGGAAGAACUUCAAAGCAAAAUCAGAAUUGACAGUCCACACACGAACACAUACAGGGGAAUGCCCCUACCAAUGCUCCCAGUGUGGGAGGAACUUCAAAUCAAAGACAAAUUUGACAGUCCACACACGAACGCAUAGCGGGGAACGACCAUACCGUUGUUCCCAGUGUGAGAAGAACUUCAAAUCAAAAUCAGAAUUGAAAAUCCACACAAAAAGCCAUUCAGGGGAACGGCCAUACCACUGCUCCCAGUGUGGGAAGAACUUAAAAUCAAAAAUAGGAUUGACAGUCCACUGGCAAACUCACACAGGGGAACGGCCAUACCACUGCUCCCAGUGUGGGAAGAUCUUUGGCACGUCCUCGCACCUGACCAGACACCAGCAAACCCACACAGGAGAAUGCCCAUACCACUGCUCCCAGUGUGGAAAGAGCUUCAAAUCAAAAAAAGGAUUGAUACUCCACACACAAAGGCAUUUGGUGGAAUGCCCAUACCACUGCGCCCACUGUGAAAAGAGCUUCAAAUCUGAAUAUGAAUUGACAGUCCACACACAAAGCCGUAUAGGGGAGUGGCUAUACCGCUGCUCCCAGUGUGGGAAGAACUUAAAAUCAAAAUCAGAAUUGUCACUUCACACAAGAAGGCAUAUACGGUGGAAUGCCCGUACCACUGCUCCCAGUGUUGGAAAAAAUUCUGAUCUAAAACAGGACUGAAAGUCCACCAGCUAACUCACACAGGGGAAGGGCCAUACUACUGCUCCCAGUGUGAAAAGAGCUUCAUUUCAAAAUCACAAUUGACAAUCCACAUGCAAAGUCAUCCAGGAGAAUGGCCAUACCACUGUUCCCAGUGUGAGAAGAACUUCAAAACAAAAUCAGUAUUGAUAGCCCACACAUGGAUCCAUACGCAGAGAAAAGGACACUGAACAGGACGCUGGCAAUCCUGGACAAUGACCGCCACCCACUAUAUAACACGCGUAACAGACAGAAGAGCAUCUUCAGCAGCAGACUCCUGUCUCUGACAUGCUCAACAGACAGGUUAAGAAGGUCCUUUGUUCCAUGGGUCAUUCAGUUAUACAACAUCACACAAAACGGGAGGAGAGAAUUGGACUUUUCAGCAUGAGUCUCUUUCUGCUCCUUCCACCACAUCACCUUUGUCUACCAUCCUCUAUCCAUUAUCUGUCUGACUGUCCUAACAGCCUAUAUUAGCCCUCUACACAAUCUGAACUGUAAUCCUCACUUUUACCCGUUGACUUUUCUACAUGCUGUACCUUUAUAAUUUUAUUUGACCUUCUGAAGCUCUUUUAUGCUUAAAUUAUAUUAUUAUUCUUUGUUAAGCAAUUCUUAUGUUCAGACUCAUUGUAUGCCCGUAGUCAUACUUAACAACAAGCACAACUUGCACUGAGUAAAUCCCUGUACUGUUUACUGUUUACGGUUUAUUUUUGUGCAAUGGUGGUAGUGCAAAAGUACAAUCUACCAUAGCACCUUAUCAUGGUCAAUAUAUCACAGGGCCAGUCCCUACUAGACCUUUGUAAUCACUUCACAUACUCUUUACUUCUUACUUUUCUGUGAGUGAUUUUGAUCUUUAUGUGUGUGAGAUAUGUGUGUAUAUGUGUGUAUGUAUAAGAUACUGGAUGCCUAAAAUUUCCCUUGGGAUGAAUAAAGUAUCUAUCUACAGGGGAUCGGCCAUACCACUGCUCCCAGUGUGGGAAGGGUUUCGUCAUUGCACCCGAUCACACACCAGAGAACUCAUACAGGAUGACGCCUCUACCACUGCACCCAAUGUGGAAAGAACUUAAUGAAGUUAAGGGUUCCGCAGAGACAUCGGAAGGCUCAUACAAAGUAGCAUCUAUACCAGUGACGCUUGUGUGUGAUCCGUCAGCUACGUGUUUUAAUACUGUAUUAAUGUGACCAUACAGGAUCGUAUCCUGACACAACGGACACAGGAGAGCAGCCAUGCAGUAUUGUGUUGCUCAGUGUGGGAAUAUUGAGUCUUUUGAGCCUUUUUGUGUCUUAUGAGGGAGCACACACAUGAUAAGGAGAUGACAUGGGAGAAAGGAUUCUAGGUGCUUAUAUUCUAUAUAGUAUUUAGGAAAGUCAGUUUAAUAACAUGAAAAUGUGUUAAAAUAGUGAAUGCCUAUGUUUGUUGCAUAUGAACCCUGUUCAGGGAUGACAGUCCAAAGUGUUCUCCUUUAAUCCACAUGACCAGUGUUUGUACUUUGGGUGGCAGAGUAGCCUAGUGGUAGAAUAUUUGACUGGUAACUGUAGAGUUGCAUCCCUAAAAUCAAAAAAACAACCCUGCCAUUGGGCCCUUGAACAAGACCCUUAACCCAAAAACAGCUCCAGGGGCUUUUCUCUCUGGGUCUCUCUCUCGUCCCACUUGCAACGGUUCCCACUGGCAUUUCUCCCAGGGCAUCCUUUUUAAAAUAAAGGAUUCAAAGAUUUUUUU